GGGAGCGACCAGGGGAUGGACAGCUUACUGAUUUGCAUGCCUUUGCUCCCAUUUCCCUCCCCUCCCCUCCCCAUCCCCGAGACAUACCCAUCUCACGCAGGAACAUCCUUGAACCGGCCCUUUCUUCAGCCUCCCUAUCCAUACAGAGGAGUCGGAGGGUUCAUCGCAUAUCUCGUCGGCAAAGUGCGCAAGAGCUGGCCUUUCCCAUCGCCGAAGCAACACAGCAGUGAACAGUGGCUGCUAACAGUAGUACUUUGCUCUGUUAGCCGCCGCCCGGAUCAAGCAUGAACCUCAGCAGACCACCACACCACCCACCACCGUGCCCGUGCCUGUCAAAGUCGUUGGUUCGCCGUAUCCUCUGGCUUGGCUCCCCUGGACGACGACGCCAGUGGAAGCUUGUGUGCCGCCAUCAUCCCGUGGUUAUCCACGUUGAAACCCUAGAUAGGCGCUGGCGUCUGUCGAAGAAGGACAGUAUCUCGACGACACAUCUGACAGACCGAGGAAGAUGGAGAGGAAGGGUCAAGAGCCCCUUUGCAGUUGCUAUCACGGGUUGUUUCAGUCGGUACAGGUUGCGCUCGAGUUGGGCCGGCGAUCAGAGCCUGGCCACGACUCACAACCCUCUCUAUCUGUACUUACCUAUCACCCAAGUAUACAGCUGUCAGCAUACCUAUGUGGCCCAGGACACCCUUCCGGCCUCCCUGUUGAGCCACGUUGGCCCAUCUUUCAUGGCGUUGGCCGAGUUUCCCCCCCAUACGGAGUACAUACGCCUGGUUCUAGCUUGGAAGCCAACGCCGUUAUAGGGGGCGUCAUGGCUAUCUGGACAGACACUGGAUUCGACACGUGUGGCUUUUCCUUGGUCUUUUUCUUUGUGGAAGAGAAGCAGGAAAGAAAGAAACGGGAUAUGGGGGGG